AUGCCCAACGUCACCUACACACCGGACGGCUCGCUCGUCGCGACAUGGGACCCAUCAGCGGGCACUGCUGGCGUCGCGACUUACAGCACCGGCGACAUGGCGUGGAUCCUCGUCGCUGCGUGUCUCGUCAUGAUCAUGGCGCCCGGCGUUGGCUUCCUCUACUCGGGUCUCCUGCGACGAAAGAAUGCGCUCUCGAUGCUCUUCUUGGCGAUGGCGGUCUACUCGCUCAUCACGAUCGAGUGGUUCUUCUGGGGCUACUCCCUCGCCUUCUCCGAGACUGGUUCCAAGUUCAUCGGCGACCUCCGUCACUUCGGCCUCAUGAACGUCCUCGACGCGCCGUCGCAGGGCUCGAGCAAGAUCCCCGCCCUCCUCUUCGCCUUCUACCAGUCCAUGUUCGCCGCCCUCACUCCCGUGAUUGCCGUCGGAGGUGUCGCCGAGCGCGCUCGCCUUCUCCCCGUCCUCGUCGUCAGCUUCCUCUGGGCGACCAUCGUCUACAACCCGGUCGCGUGCUGGACCUGGAACCCGACUGGAUGGGGCUACAUCAAUGGCGUCCUUGACUUCGCCGGCGGAGGACCUGUCCACAUCACCUCCGGCACCGCAUCGCUCGUUUGGUCCUUCUACCUCGGCCGUCGUCGCGGGUACGGUACCGCCAAGCUCGCCUACCGCCCUCACUCGGUCUCGCACGUUAUCCUCGGCACGACCCUCAUCUGGUUCGGAUGGUUCGGCUUCAACGGCGGUUCUGAGGUCGCCAUGAACCUUCGCUCGGUUCAGGCUUCGAUCGUCACCAACGUCGCUGCCGCUAUGGGCGGAAUGACCUGGAUGAUCAUGGAUUUCAUCUACACUCGCAAGUGGUCGGCCGUCUCCCUCUGCUCUGGCAUCCUCGCCGGUCUCGUCGGCAUCACCCCUGCGGCAGGAUUUGUGGGCACCCCCGCCUCUCUCGCUAUUGGUGCUGUCGCCGCCAUUGCGGCCAACUUCGCGACGGGCCUCAAGGUCCUCCUCAAGAUCGACGAUGCAGUCGAUGGUUUCGCUCUUCACGCCGUCGGCGGCUACGUCGGCAGUGUCCUCACCGGUCUCUUCGCCGACUCUCGCGUUGUCGAGUUCGACGGAUACACGGCGAUUCCCGGAGGGUGGAUCAACCACCACUACGUCCAGCUUGGCUGGCAACUCGCUUCGGCAACCUCGAUCCUCGCCUACACCGCUGUCAUGACCUACAUCCUCAUCUUUAUCGUCGACCACAUCCCCGGCUUCAAGGUCCGCUGCUCGGAGGACGACGAGAUCAUCGGCAUGGACGAGUCGCAGACUGGCGAGCACGGCUACGAUUACGUCUCGAUCCGCCGAGACCUCGAGGACGGCCCGCUGUACUCGGAGAAGGACCUCUCGCGCACUCCCUCGCACUACUCGAGCGAGAAGACCGCGCACCACACCCCCGCCGCGGCAGUCACCGAGACUUCGGCACGCGAGGGAGCAGCGGCGCCUGCUCCUGCCACGACUGAGCACGCUGCGGUCUGA